AUGGCGGAUCCACCAUGUAUUCAAGACCCUACGCAGGUCAAACUCAACAAUAAAGCAAAGAAAGCAAAGAAGGAUGCAACCAAGAAAGCUUCUCGCUCGUCCGCACCCAAACCGCCUGCAGAAAUCAAGCUAAGCUUCUCGGAGCAACUCGGCAGUGACCUUGCAAAUGGCCUGGUGCAAGACCCAUACUCUCUGAAAGAGUCGUUGAACUUGAUUGACAGAGUUACAUUCGUCAAAUUGCCAUCACCCAACAUCACCAACCCCAUUACAGAUUCAACGGAUGCCUCAAUUGAACAAGAACUUACUGUUCUCUCUCGAAUACCAUCUUUGUUAACCAACGACAGCGGUUCGGCUGAUACGUCAACUUCUUCCGAUGUCGUCCAGCACCACCCCAAAACGACAAUUCGAGAGAUCUUUGAUCUAAACGACUUCACCGCUCUUGCUUCCCUUCAAGAACUCAUUGGACGUUAUGGAAGAGUCUCACACAUGGGGGUCCUCGACCCGAGUUACACAUUCUACAUCACGAAAGACCGAACGGCCGCUCUCUACUACAAAGCGAAGAAUAAGAUUGCAGUCGUGGGAGGAGAUCCACUUUGUCCACCAAGUCUCUUCCCCAAAAUCCUCACCGAGUUUGAAAAGUUCCGGAAGAAAGCAGGUCUAGGAAUUGCAUUCAUGGGAGCCGGCGAGACAUUUGUCGAAUACAUCAGAACGCAGAAAUGGACUACAAUGUGCUUCGCCACGGAACGAGUCCUGAACCCCAUGAACAAUCCCGUUCUCCACGGCAACGCUGGCAAGUCCAUAACACGAACAAGCCGCAAUCUCCUCGAUCCCAAGAAAGAAGGCCUUACCCUCAAAGUCUACACGCCUCUCCUGGGCAAAAACGCCGCGCUUCAACAACAGCUCGUAAACGUUUACGAAGAAUGGCGCGACCAUCGCAAUGACUCCAAGCUCCCACAAGCAUACAUCACCGUCUACAAUCCCUUCGCCAUGCCAGAACUCAUGACAUACAUCUACACCAAAGACCGCAACGGGGUCCCCAACGGCUUUGCCGCGCUGCGCAUCCUCGGCUCCAACAAAGGCUACCACCUCGACCCCUAUGUGGCCUCCCCGGGUGCCCCAAGAGGCAUCAGCGAGCUCCUCCUCUACGGCGCCAUGGCCCUUCUCAACACCGCCAAGAUCUCCUACCUGAGUCUCGGCUACGAGCCUCUCAACGACUUGGGCGAGAUCCACGGCAUGCCGAAGUCCCUGAAGAGCAUAUCGCGGAAAGUGCACAAGAUGAUAUUCCAGGGCCUGCAUGUAGCAGGGAAGAAAGACUUCCAUGAUAAAUUCCAUCCCGACGAGGCGCAGAGUUCAAAGCUGUAUCUAGUGUUCCCGCCUGGGAUCCCGAGUCUGAGGCAUAUGCAAAGCGUUGUGCACGUGGCGAAUAUUAAGAUGAGGGAUGCGAUUUUCAAGGGCGCGAAGGUUAAGGGGGGGGAGAGGAAGAGCGCAGAGGGAGAAACAGAGAGAGAGAAACAGGAGGGGAAGCCUAGUGGGCUGUUGGUUGCUUCUGAAAGAUUGUUCAGCAAGUCGAGGGAGAAGCUGCAUGUUUCUUCACUGGUCACUCCGAAGAGUCAGGAGGGCUAG